GUACAGUUCUAAGUUUCCUAAUCUUAGAGAAAGAAGUCAGCAAAUGGAUAGUGUAUCAGCAUCUUCUCAAACACAAAUAGAUGAUCUAUCUAACUUUGACACAUAUGUUAGAGUUGCAUAUGGUGUAGAGAAUGUGAAGUCGGAGUUAGAACUCUAUUUGGAAGAGAAAUUGAUACCUAGGACUGAUGAGUUCUUUGAUAUAUGCAAUUAUUGGAAAGUAACAGGACUCAAAUAUCCUGUGUUGAAUAUGAUUGCCAAAGAUAUAUUUGUUGUGCCUAUUAGCACUGUUGCUUCGGAAUCUACAUUCAGUACUGGCGGUAGACAUGUGGGUUCACACCGAGCGAGACUUCAUCCUUCUACAUUAGAAGCAUUGAUAUGCACUCAAAAUUGGUUGGUAAAUGACAAAAAAGGAAGCGACUCCACACUCUUCUGCCCCCCGCACUACUGCAGAUGGGUCGGGGCCUACCCGGUCCCCCUCCUUGCCAAAGCGGGCCUCGGCAGAGAAAUUAUAGCAAAUGGUCCAAAACAAUGA